AUUUCAGACAUGGGUGAUGUACGAUCUUCAAAACGAGAACGGAAAUCGCUGAUUAUGGAGGACUAUGUUACUACUGAUAGCUUCAACUACGACGAUGAAGAUUAUGAGCCACCGUCGAAAAGGACACAGAAACGAUCCAGCCUUACAAAACGAAAUUCAAAAAGCAAAACUCCGGAGGUUGGCAAAGCUCCACGAAAGCAGACGGAGCACUUCACGCCUGAAGAAAGUCAAGCCGUUUUUCGUUUCAUUUUAAGCUGUGUUAGAAGCAAAGCGCCUGGAACGGAAGGCCGUGUUGCAAAGAGAAAAUUUGAGACUAGCAACAAUGAAGUCUGGGAAAAGUGUCGGGAAGUAGUUGGAGAUCAUCGAGAUGUUAUUGCUUAUCGCAAUCACUACAACUUCUUCUCAAAAAAAUUGCACGAAUUCCGAUUCUUGACACUGGAGGAGAAAGUUGAUCUUUAUUAUGCAAUGGAUAUCAGAGUUGACAAGUCAUAUCAUCAAAAACUUAUCGAAGAGUUUGGUGUUGAGUUUGAUCAUCAAGGUGUCAUAAUUGGUAGCACUCUACUGACCCACUGGGACAUUGUUCAUCCGGAUAGUGAUCCAGAGGAAACUGAAUUGUCUAUGGCUCCACAUCGCAGAAAUUGGAAAGCUUUCACAGAGUUUGAAGACGGAAUCAUGUGGCAAUUUGUGGCGGAUGAUAUCAACGCGGGAAUCGUUCGUGAGAGUUACACUAGAAAUGUUUGGGAAGAGUUCAGGAGAAGAUAUGCAUCGACGAGUAAUAUCAAGCGUUCUCCAGAGACAUAUCGUGGGAGAUUUCUCCGCAUUCUUGUUCCCAACUUACACAUAAUGCCGUUUGACGUGAUGACGAAAGCAGUGUUCUAUCAGCAUCUUGGACAGCCUGUUCCAUUGGAAUAUCGACACAUCAUUCGAAGCGCAAUAGAUGCAAAAGUUGAUCACACUGGAAUGAUCACUCUGAUUCGUGACCGCCCGGAGCGCAUAUUUCUUCAGACGGAUGUCUAUCAAGAUAUCAUUGGUAUCACUUCAACUAAAAAAGGAUCCACGCUGAAAAGUAUGUCCAAAGAGUUGGACUUAGUUCCGUAUACACCAGAAGAGAACAAUACGAUUUGGGACUAUAUUCUUACAAAGGCACGUGGACCAGGAAAAACUCAACGAAUUAAGGAAAAAAUGACCGGAUGGAUCUUCUGGCAAGAGUUUUUGGAUGUGGUUCAUACCAAACGAACGUGGAAGAGUUUGAGCCAACAUUUUGUUGAGAAUUUGAUGGAGAAUAUUAUGGGGACCAAGUACGAUCUCAAAGCAAAAAUGGAGCUUUAUUACGCGCUGCGGUGUCCAAUAGAUGAAGAUGUUCUCAAAAAAUUUCAAGAAAUUGCCACUGUAGUGAUUACCAACAAUCGUGUUAUGGCUCAUGCGGUCGGCAAAAACUUUUUUAUCGGAAGAAAAGAGCGUCAAGGAGAUUUUGACGAUUUCGACGAUAAUGCAUCACAAACAGAAAUCAAACUUACCAAUCAUAAUAUUCGGACAUUUAUGGAUAAUGUAGCAGGCUCCAUUGGCUCGAGUACUAAAGCUGAAAAUGCUGUUGCGGAAACCUCCAAAAAUAGCAUAAAGUACCCAUAUGUGCCGCAACAGUCUCGCCCACGUGGAUAUUAUAAAAUGAAAAAGUUACCAGCAAGGAGUAAUGGAUCAGCAACAGGAAGUUCUAAUGAUGAAUUGAGCGCAAUAUAUACGCACGAACGCAACUUGGAUGCUCUUAGGGAUGAAGAUGAUUCAGAUGAACACUUGGAACAUUUGAUGCCGACUCCAAAUCCAACCUCCACAAAACCUGCGCAGAUAUUGGGCGCCGUUGCGAGACCAUCCGAGAAUCCCGGUACAUCCGCACAAAGCCCCCAAAGUGUGAAUGUGGCAAAGGUUCAAAGUCGCAAUAUGAAAAAACCUCAAAGCGUGCCUACUGCAACUGAUAUCGGGCUCAAGGAGCCAAAGCCCGAACCUGCUGAGACGCUGGAGAAGGAGAUCAAGCCGGAGAAUGUUGCCGAGAACAUGAGAAGUCCUGUUAAACGAACUGUCAUCAAUGGGCCAUCCGGACGUGUCACAAUUUUACCAAAGGCAAACAUUCGAUCUGUUCCAAGAUCCAACUUGACUUCCGAAACUCAAUCAAUGCGCGGAGCUAACCUGUAUUCUCCAAUGCGGCAAGAAAUCGUACAACCGAAGCUGACUCCAGUGCCAACAAAGCAAGCUCACUUGUCAAAUGCAACAAAACUUGCUCAAAAACAACCGACUGCGUCUAGUGGACCAGCUUACAGUGCUACUGUUAUGUCAACUGCAAAAGAUGCAGAAAUUAAGGUUCCGAAAGAAGAGCCAAUUGAACCUGAGGAGAAAAAGGAAAAGCCGAGCAUGAAUUCUCAGAACAUCAUCAAUUCUGGUAAACCCAUCGCUGAACAAAUUGAGAAGGUUCAAGUGCCUACUGAGAGAAAGCCGCAAAAGUUCAUUGACAAGCAAGCCGUUAAGGAGCCAACAGAGCCACUGUCAACAUCUCGUACAUCUAAGCCUGUGCCAUAUUUUUCAAAUGCCACGAUGGCAGCGAUCUACCAAUCAUUUAGCCCACUUCCAUGCGCAACUCCACCUGUUCAGUUAUGCUAUCGUAUAACUGCCAACGAAGUUACCCGUCGCAAGCAGACCGAGGAGGCCGAGUUUGAAUUGGCGCUCACAACUGCGAAAACACUUACACUCGAACUCCAAGCCAGAAAUGAGGGAGCAUCGACUUCAUCUCCAUCGGGAUUACAAAACAGUGGCCGAUCCGAGGUUGCCAGAAAUAUGGACACCGCAUUUACGGAAAUUGAAGCAAGCAUUCGACUGUUCAAUUCCCGUCUGAAGGAUGUGUCGCAUAAUCUUAAUGACGGACAGCGUGGAGCUUACGCAGACCGAGCAAAUGCUCUAUCGCGGAUGUUCCGAUGCACAACCAAAGACGCAUUGGCAAAACCAAUCUUCGGGAACAAACAAUAAUUUGACUAUUAUGUUUCCCAUAUUACCCUUCACAUCAUUCCAAAACAUCUCGUUUGAUAUUACCGUUUUAUAUUUCUUUUUGACAAGUACAGGUGUGCAUUGAAAUCAUAUCGAGAUGAUUGAUUCAGCAUGCACAUAGUUUUAUAAUUUGUGAAAAUAAACAUUGAAAGCAUACUUGAUAAUGGUAGUCGAAAUAAAAUCAUUGUACUACAAG